ACAUUUAUUUACUUUCAAGUGCAAGAAAAUAGGCUAGAAAGCCAAGAAAACAGUCAGUGAAUAUCCACCAUUCUCGUUGCAGCAAUGGCCUCAUUCACCAUGACAGCCUCAUUCCUCGGUGGCGCAACCCUUGCCAGCCCCUCACCGAUCAACAACAGCCGGAGAUUGGUUGUCGCCAAGGCUGCUGGAGCAGCAGAAGGUGAGAAGGUGAAUUUGAACUCUGAGACCAAGAAAGAGUCCAACAAUGGAAGGAGGGACCUUAUGUUUGCUGCAGCAGCUGCUGCUGUUUGCUCGGCAGCUGGGAUCGCCUUGGCUGAUCCAAAACCGGGUACCCCAGAAGCCAAGAAAGCGUAUGCUCCUAUUUGUGUGACCAUGCCAACAGCAAAGGUCUGCCACAAGUGAGAGGGGGAAGAACUUGGUUUAGUUGUGCUUUUUCAUUGAUUUGGUUGAAAUCAGAAAAUGUAAUGCUGUAAUCUAAUUUAUGAACUUGUAAUCUAAGUUAUUUCAAUUAUCUUUUAUUA